UCAGCGGCGCGCACGCCGGUUCGUCAUUCCGCGCGGUUUCGUGUCAACAGCAACGAGAUAUUUGUUGAUUUCCCAAAUACAUUUGUCCCAGAAAAUGAGUCUCGAAUUGAGAAAUAAAAAAGUGUCCGAUACUUUUGUGAAGUAUAAAAUAGCGGAAUGGGGGAAUGGAAAUAUACGAGCGUGCGCUCAGGUGGCCACGAAUGUCGUCGAGCAGAAGCAUCAGGUGUCCAGGGCCAAGAGGAGCAGAGCUCUUGGAAGCAGAGCCUUCAGGGGCAGCACCGUCUGGUUCACGGGGUUGAGCGGCGCUGGUAAAACCAGUAUUGCCUUCGCUCUUGAAGCCUACUUGGUCUCCAAAGGAAUCCCGGCUUACGGCCUCGAUGGAGACAAUAUCAGGACUGGUCUGAACAAAAACCUUGGUUUCACGAAGGAAGACCGCGAGGAGAACAUACGGCGUGUUGCCGAAGUUGCCAAGCUGUUUGCAGACAGCGGCGUCGUUUGUCUGUGCAGUUUUGUGUCGCCAUUCGCUGAGGAUCGUGAAGUGGCUCGUCGUAUUCACACGGAUUCCGACCUUCCGUUCUUCGAAGUGUUCAUCGAUACUCCUUUGGAGGUAUGCGAACAGAGGGACACUAAAGGGCUUUAUAAAAAAGCAAGAGACGGCCAGAUUAAGGGUUUCACGGGAAUAACCCAGGAGUAUGAGCGUCCCGAAGCCCCCGAGCUGAUCGUGUCCACCGUGGGACGGAGCAUCGUGGAGUCCACAAUGGACGUCAUCCGACUUCUGGAAUCCCAGGGUAUCAUUCCGAGCCUCGAGAGCAACCGUUCUGGAGUUGAAGAGCUCUUCAUCCACGGGAACAGGCUCACCAGCGCCAUCGAGGAGGCGGCCCGGCUACCACAGAUUGAACUGACGACACUCGAUUUGCAAUGGGUUCAGGUUUUAUCGGAAGGAUGGGCGUAUCCUUUAAAGGGAUUUAUGAGGGAAACCGAGUACUUACAGGCGCUUCAUUCGAACUGCGUCACGCUGCCGGACGGGUCGCUGGUGAACCAGUCGGUGCCGGUGGUGUUGCCGGUGUCGGCCGAGCUGAAGGAGCGGCUGGCGGGUGCAGCGGCGGUGGCCCUUACGCGCGGCGGCCGGCCCCUCGCCGUGCUGCGCGGCCCCGAGUUCUACCCGCACCGAAAGGAGGAGCGGUGCUCGCGACAGUUCGGCAUAUACCACGCCGGACACCCCUACAUCAAGAUGAUCAAAGACUCCGGUGACUGGCUGGUAGGCGGCACCCUGGAGGUGUUCGAGCGGAUCCGUUGGAACGACGGCCUGGACUCGUACCGCCUCACCCCCAACGAGCUCAGACAGAAGUUCAAGGACCUGGGGGCUGACGCCGUGUUCGCGUUCCAGUUGCGGAACCCGAUCCACAACGGGCACGCGCUGCUGAUGCAGGACACGCAGCGGCAACUGGUCGAGAGAGGAUUCAAGAAACCCGUGCUCUUGUUACAUCCGCUCGGCGGUUGGACGAAAGACGACGACGUGCCUCUAGAAGUGAGAAUAAAACAACACAAAGCCGUGCUAAAGGAGGGAGUAUUGGAUCCUAACUCCACUGUCCUGGCCAUUUUCCCGUCCCCUAUGAUGUACGCCGGACCCACUGAGGUGCAGUGGCACGCCAAGUGUCGCAUGAACGCCGGCGCCAACCACUACAUAGUGGGGCGCGACCCGGCCGGCCUGCCGCACCCGCGCGGCGACGGCGACCUGUACGACCCGCGGCACGGCGCCAUGCUGCUCAAGGUCGCGCCCGGACUCAACGACCUGGAGAUAAUUCCGUUCCGCGUGGCCGCCUACGACACGUCGGUGGGUAAGAUGGCGUUCUUCGACCCAACGCGCAAAGAGGACUUCGACUUCAUAUCCGGAACGAGGAUGAGAGGGCUCGCGAAGGCCGGCAAGGAGCCUCCGAGGGGCUUCAUGGCGCCGACCGCCUGGAACGUUCUCGCCGAGUACUACCAGUCGAUGAAAUCCAAAAUGGAUACGAAUUAACGCACGAAAACAAAUAUGUAGUUCAUAAGAUGAUCCCCCGUUGAUCCGUGAAAUCGCGGAUAGUAAAAACAGAAUUAACAAAAGGCGCUCUCUGAUCACGAUUUGAAAUGAACUUUGUAUCGGCUUAGCGGCCUUAACAUAAAGGUGAAAAUCGCAUAUCACUAAUUUUGCGACUUGGCUUGAUUAUACGUUGAAUGUCAAUUUAAUUUACCAAAAAUGGUAUCAUUGAAGAUUUGAAGUACUUCGUGAUUCUGAGAUUUGGAAAGUACAAACAAUUGGAAUUGUUUUUAUUUUUCUUCUGUACUAACAAUAGUUUGUGGUUUUCAAUUCAUAACUACGUCACGUAAUAAAUAGAUAUUUACUUUUAGUUUUAAUUUCGCUUUUUUUUUAUUGUGGUUAUGCUAUUUUAUUAUUCAUCUCGAAUGCUUUAUAGUCUACGUGACCACAUCAGAAUCAUAGUUGUAUUUACCACUAGCGGAAAUCUAAGAAAGUAUUAUGUUAAAAUAUUUACUAUUUUAUAUAAUAUAUUAACAUAAUAAUUAAUAUUUAUAUUAAUAAUUAAUAUUAGAGAA